GUUUCAACUCUAACCUCCGCUAUGAGCGGAGAUCUAUCUGGAGCCGAGGGAUUUACAACGGAGGAGGAUCAGGAGAUCAUCCAGAGGAUCGAGAAGCAGCUCAAGAAGAGAAAAUUAUGUCUGGCGUGAGCGUUGAGGAUAUUCAGGAGGAGUUUGCUGAUUUGGAUCUGGAUAUCACGGAUGGAGAUGUUCUUCUCAAAAUUAAGGAGUUGUGUGAUUUCUACAAUAUCGACGCAAACAAGAUUUCCUGUGAAUAUUUCUCCUACAAUACUAAAUCCAAACUUCACACUGGGAAACCCCCAACCCUGGACUCUCUGGUGUCAUUUGAAUCUGAGAAAUUGAAACAUUUGCGAGGACCACGCCGCCCUCUGGAUCCUAUUGAGGGGGUGGAGAACUUACCUGAUUGCCCGGAGUUGGGAACGCCCACUAGGCUCACUGCGGCGGGUGCAGGCAAGAGAAAUAUUACUCCAGAUGGUCAAAUCAAUAAAAGGUUUGUGAAUGCUAUCGGGAGUCCGAGUCUAACUCCCCAAUCCUCUCCCAGCUUGAACAGUUCUCAAGUUACCCUCAAGUACUCAGACAGAUCAAACAAGGGAGAAACCGUCCUAGCUCACAGCAAAGACGCACCCGGAGAUUGGACCCCGUCCAACGACCCUGCUGAGAUAUCUUUAAAAGCCCUAACCCUAACCUCUCCGUAUAGGUUUAUGUAUGAACGGCUGAGGGAACGAGCUGCUGUCUUGGAUGAGACUAUCUGUAGGUUGGGAGAUAUUAUCACGGAGAAGUAUGAUCUAGGAGAACCUAUGGACACAAGGUUAACACAGGUUGAACCUCAGGUUGCCCUAGGACGAAUCUGUUGUGACUCCGAGGGGCAUUUGAACAGUAACUCCGUUGUGCUGCAAGGCUCCAUGGACGCAACGGGAGGACAUUCUAUACAUUUGGAUCUUUCCAAACUUGAUUCUUAUUCUCUCUUCCCUGGACAGAUUGUCGGUGUAGAGUGUACCAAUCCUAACGGGAGUAAACUCCUCGUGAGUAAACUUUACUCAGAGCUCCCAACUCCUUCUCCUGUGCCUGUAGAGAAAGAUCAGUGUACGGAGAUAUACACAGCCUGCGGACCCUACACCUUGAACGACUCGGAUAACUACCAACCUCUCCUUGAUCUCCUGGAUAUAGUUCAGGAAACCCGUCCUCAUCUUCUUAUCCUAGUCGGACCCUUUGUAGACUCUAGGAACAAGGUUAUAGACGCUCACACUGAUUCCUACCAUCAAAUCUUUGAGACAAUGUUGAAGCAGAUCUACUCAGCCCUGGAGGAAACAAGGACGGAGGUUCUCCUGGUUCCGUCGCAGAGAGAUCUUCAUGAAAACUUUGUUUAUCCUCAACCUCCAUACAGUCUUGGAGAACCUAGCCCUUGGGGGAGCAAAAUAAGAUCUGUGUCUGAUCCUGGAGUAUUUAGUGUAAAUGGAGUAAAUAUUGGUGUCACAUCUUCAGAUAUUCUUUUUCAUCUUGGACGUGAGGAGAUCAGUUUUCCUCCUAGAGCCGGAGACAGGCUGUCAAGAUUAGUAUCACACCUUCUGUCACAGCGGAGUUAUUAUCCUCUCUACCCUCCGAGCCUGGAGCAAAACAUAGAUUUCGAGCACCAGGAGAAACAUGGACUCCUCCAGGAGCCUCCACACCUUCUCCUCCUUCCCUCUGACCUGGUUUACUUCAUCCGAGAUGUGGAGGGAUGUACAGUGUUAAAUCCAGGACGGAUAACUAAAGGUUCAGCUCCUGGAACAUAUUCUAAACUCCUUGUCCAGGUUCAACAAGGGAAAUUAUCCUUUACAGCUGAGAUUGUAAGAAUAUAGAAGCAAUAUGUAAUAUAAAGAUUUAAGAUUAUAUAGUAGUGAUCUUGACUAUAUGAUUUAUGUAUAAAAUAUAUUAUGAUUAUA